AUGUCGCGCACCUCGACCCUCUUGCUCGCAGCCCUCUGCUCGGCCGAUGCGCUCAGCAUCGGCAGCGCGCCGACGAUUACGAGCCGGGCCGCAGUCGCGAUGGGUGACAAGCCCGCAAACAUUCCGACGAAAAUGAAGUGGGUGCCCUUCGUGUCCGCCUCAGAGGCGCAGAAGGGGACUGCUGUCGCGGGUUUCCAGUACGGCCUCGAGAUUGCCGUCGUCACCGACACGACCGGCAAGCA